AUGCAGUAUGUACCUGAUAUCAAUUUGGAAUGCCACGAGGUUAUCAACGAUUGGGAUGAUUUUGAGUCUGGGAACUGCAGUAUCUACUCUCCAGCAGUCACAGACAAACUACCAACUAUUUAUGAAGAAAAUUCUACAAAAGUUUGUGAAAUAUUUCCACCUCCAAAUUCCCCAACUGCAGGUUGCUUUGAAGUUUUUUCAAACCAUACACAUUAUGUGGAAAGCCUUCUUCAAAUGUGGAAAGAAUCAGACAUUGCAUCCACUUCCCAAGAUAGCACUGGUAGUUUUGGGUCAGAUCCACUUUGUUUACCUGCACAGUCCUCUUCCCAGACUGCAUCUGAUGUGGAUGAUGCUAUCCCAUGGUCUGAAAAUGAAAGCAGUGCUGACGGCAGUCUUUCACCUGUCAGCAUUACAGGUUCCAGGUCAAAUCUUGAAGAUCUUCUGUCAAGGGACGGAAUUUCUUUUCAAGGAACAGGCAUGCACUUCCAGCCAGUGUCCCACAGCUCCUCAAGGUCAGCCUCUCCAUUUGAGAUAGAAGCCAUUUCACAAUCUGUACUCGGACUGUCCUUUGACAAUGCAAAUUCAAUACUGCGCAUGGAAAGGUCACCAUCUCCAAUUAUCUCAAGAUCUUCAUCACCAAGGUUUCUGCGCUCGCCAUCACCAUUCCAAGUGCUUAACACCAGUAACAGAGACAUUUUAAUGGACACAGCAACAGAAAAUAUGCUGAUGUAUGAAGAGCGAGGCAUCAGGAGAUUGUAUAGCCCAGUGUUGAAUCAUGACCAUCAGGUGCCAGAUGUUGACAUGGACUUUCAGGAGAAUGUCUCACUCACUGAGGAGUUUCCUUCCUUUAGCACUUAUGUCAGGAGGAGACAGCUUAACUCCUGUGGGGAUCAGAUCGUUCCAGAGUUCAUAGAAGAAUGAUAUUUAAAUUUCUGACGUAUUAAAACAUU